GUGGGGCGUUCAGCUAAGCAGCGUCGUGCCUACCUACCAGCUCCAGGAAUGGACUGACUUUCUGGCUUCACCAACACUAACAACCUCACUCUGUUUCUCCAGGACUGCACUGUUCAAGGGAUAAACGUUCAGAGUCUGGGAAAAUUUCAAUUUGAAGUUGUUUUUUUUCUACCGUAUGGGCGACAACACAGAUUAUUUGCUGCCACUGGGAUUCAGUUGAGACGAACCCGCAGACAUUUUGUUAUUUCUGAGAAUUAGACUGUUUUUUUUCAUCUUACUUUCUCAUCAGUACAGUCGCAGCUGGCUGAGGAGCGCAAACUGAAAGCUUUGAAGGGCCAGCAGAAGACGAAGGAAGAAACCAUUACCAUCCGCCAGCUAGCUUCAUCCUAAACACCGCUGUGUUCAUAACGUUAUUAAUUUACCCGCGUUUAGCUCGCAUCGCUGCCGCUGGUGCGUUGAGGCGGAAAGCUCGCAAAAGCGAUGAAUCAUUUUGACGGACAGCUUUUGAAGAAUUAGCUAGCUUAGCCAGUGAGGAACCAGCACUGAUUGUGGUUUCCUGAUCACAGUCACUGUAAAUACGGGGUCGGGACAGGCACCGCCGAAUGGUCUUGCAUCACCCAGACAAGACACCGACUCUUCUACCUCGCUAACGGCGGCAAAGUGCAUCACUUAUAUACAGCUUAAAUUUUUUUUAGGGGGGGGUCGCUAGCUACCGUUAGCUACUCACCCUGCUAACGCUGGACAGCUCCUGUUUAAGGCUGGGCUAGCUUUGGACAAAGGACCAACGCAAGGAAAAAAUAUAAACACGGGGUACACUGUUAAUCGUGUUUGGGAAGGAGAGCAACAAACAAGGAACUGACAUGAUGUUUCCACAAUCAAGACACUCAGCUUCAUCGCAGCAGCUGAAAUUCACAACCUCUGACUCCUGUGACAGGAUCAAGGAUGAGUUCCAGUUCCUCCAAGCACAAUACCACAGUUUGAAGCUUGAGUGUGACAAGUUGGCCAGUGAGAAGUCAGAGAUGCAGCGCCAUUAUAUCAUGUACUAUGAGAUGUCCUACGGACUCAAUAUUGAGAUGCACAAACAGGCUGAGAUAGUGAAGAGAUUGAAUGGGAUCUGCGCACAAGUCCUGCCCUACCUGUCUCAGGAGCACCAGCAGCAGGUCCUGGCGGCCAUAGAGAGGGCCAAGCAGGUCACCCCCCCAGAGAUGAACUCCAUCAUAAGGCAGCAGCUCCAGGCUCACCAGCUGUCUCAGCUCCAGGGCCUGGCCUUGCCUAUGACCCCCCUGCCUCUGGGCCUGAGCCAACCGACCCUCCCCGCUGUCACCACCUCCUCCAGUCUCUUCUCCCUCUCCUCCCUGCUGGCCUCCCAAGCCCAGCUGGCCAAGGAGGAGAAGGCGUCACGUGAUGGAGUUGACAGCCACCGUGAGGAGGACGGAGACAAGUCUGAUUAGAUGAUGUUCCCAUUCAGCUCUGUUUUUAUCCAGAGACCUGAAUCCCCAGAUCCAAGCCCCCUUGGCCUACAGCCUCUCCCCUGGUCUCCCUCUAUCCGACCUUAGCUAACAUGGGCUUUAAUCCCAUCACCACCAUCACCACAGCUCCAGCUACAGAUUCCUAACCAACUUCCAUAAUUGGGGGAGAUAUGGCACCUGCCCCUCAUGUCAGACCAGUCCUGAUUCCUUCAUAUUUACCAUACCUGGAUUGUUUCUUUAUCCCCCCUUCUCUCCUCUCACCAUCACAGUGUCUCCCUCAUGUAUCCUGUGUAAUUUCUUCAAACACACAAUUUUUUUGUAUACGAUUAAGCUUUGUUUUUCUGUUUAUUUUUUUUAAUCAGGACUACUUUCUAUUUCUGUUGCUUCCUGCCAUCCUGUAGCUCUUUCUCUCAGUUCUUCUUCCUGUUUAGCUUGUUUUUUUUUUUCCCUCCAUGCCUCUCUUCCUCUCACUCUCCCCCACCUCUUGCCUCUGUUCUAAGCGGGUCGUUCUUAGGCAGCACUGACCUGUGAGACUGAACGCACCAUACUGUUGGUGUCAAAACAGGCUAAAUGUUAAACAAAGGGAUUCUUUGGCAAGCUGUAAAACUUGUCGCACACAACACAGGAGUCCUACAACUAACUUUCCUAAGAUAAGGUCUCACAGAGAUCAGUAGUGUUGUUUUUCUUUUUUUGUUUUGUUUUGUUUUUUUUUUGUUUUUUUUUUUCUCUUUGCCAGUUCAAAUUGCAUGCGUUCAUUCCAAGCUAAAAGUUGGCUGUGAAGUUAAACAGUGGAUUGUUAUGGAUCAGAGAAAUGUUUAAAUAUUGCCCUAAUGCCCGAGCUAAAGCGAAAGAAAUAUUGCUUUCUACAGCUACUGUCACAUCCUAACCAAAAACUGCUGCUUGUAGAGCAGAAAUGUUGUAAUGAGAAGACACCUCCAGACAAACUAGAGAUUUUGUGUAUAAUCCUAAAUUUAUAUGGAGAAAGGAAAAGCACCUUCUUAGAGCAAACUUCAUGCUGAGAGCUGUCAGACUAGAUAACAAACCCACCUUAGUAAGUAAUCCCCCCGACUUAUGAUCCUUGCCUGACGGUGCGAGAUAUGUCAGAUAAAUCCGCCCAGCACCUUAACUGAAAGGUGACAUUUUUCAUCAGAAGUUAAACAGAGCUGAGGUAGCAACAAAAACAACAAAGGUGCCACUUGACUAGUGCACCAUCCCACCACCUUUCUUAUCCUUAAUGUGCACUAAUAUUAGAGCAGAGACUUGAGAGGAGAGAGUGUGCAUGUAGUGUGUUUGACAGCAGAGGGCAGCGUGCGUCUUUGAAGAAACGUCCUAGACGGGUUCAGGCCUGAGCCAAAACAAGGAGAGGACAAUGACAAUGACAGAGUACAGGCUGUGUCACAAGGGGAAUGUGUACAAACAUAAUAUACAGAGACCAGACUGGUGACAUUAAUCUCUGCAUGCGGUCAGUCCCAGUCUCUGCCAUGAUUUUUGAGGAAUAGUCCUUGGUCUUUCUCAAGGAACAUCUCUGUCCCUGUAUUAAGACGGAAACAUGGUCCCUCUGCAAAUUCAGCUUUAUACUGUGCGUUUUGAUUCACCACCACACUUGAACUACCACUACAUUAUAUAGACGAUUGGACAUCUACAUAUAGCAGUGAGUGGGAAAUCUCCAUGAUCAAACAAACUGAUAUCAAUUUAGAUCAGACAGAUGAAGCACUGAAAGCUUCCUCAGCUCUGAUCUCCCUCAGCCCUCCACACCUACACAGGUGUUUUCAAUGACUCAGUUACUGUGUCUGAUUAGACCUCGUCAGGUGGAAGCUGGGUUAAUAAUGUGAUGUCACUAAACUCUGGCUGUGUCUAUAAUCUCUCUUCAUUUGCUGACAUUGGCACUACAUGUACCCUCUGCUGUUUUAUUUGAGUAUCAGAACUGUCAACGUUAUAGUACCCUGACAGCAGUUGAAACACGCACCAUACAGUGUAAUUACAAUGUCCCCAGCUUGACUUACGCAGAGGAGUUUUGCUGCAUUUUAUUCUCCCCCUCAUUCUUCCAUAAUUUCCUCUCAUUCCUUUAAUGGCUACGUUUGAAUAAAAGAAAAAAGAAAAAAAAAAAAAGAUUACUCACUUUAUAGUAACCUAAUGACUGUUUAUAGUGUAGGGAACAGUGAAUGGGGGAAUGUGUUCAGAUAAGCUGUGUCCCAAUUCAGGGGCAGCAUCCUUCAGAGGCUGCAUUUAGAGACCAAUUGCGUCACAGUGGCGCGACUAGGCUGGCCCAUUUCGAAGGCUCCUUCGAAUCCGGCCGAGAAAUGCGUCCUUCUUUUCCUGGGGAAAAUGGCCCAAUCUAUCCCAUAAUUCAUUGCGAACCGCUAAUGAAAGCCAACAGUGAACCUGAGGAUUACAGCAACAACAAAUGUAAGUAUUGGAUUUAGCUCAGUCCAACAGCUAAACGGUACAACGGUUAAAACCAAGGGCCUUAGAAACUCAAGUUUUUGUUAAAAAAAAAAAAAAAAGAAAAAGUUAUGUGUUGUCAAUGUUGCUAGGCGAAGGUAGCCUCGCUUUGCGACGCUAGCUAACGGCGGGCAUAGCUGGUGACGCACAGCUUAAGUCCUCCGUAGACCUCACCGUCUCAUUUCGGUUCGGCCUUUUCAGUCUACAACGGCUAGGGUUUGAUUACGUUUUGCGAUGGAUUCUGACUGACAUGAGGCAUUCAUGUUCGUUAGGCUUUCAAGCAUCUGUAUUAUUAAGGGCAAAGUCAGAUAUGUCAGAGUUCAGAUUUCCCCAGUUUCCCAAGCUGUAACUCCGAUAUGACACUAACGCGUAACAGGUACAACAAAACUAUGAGAAGUGUAAGAGAGAUGUCAAUCAGGCACAGUUCGUACUCACCUGCAGAGUCCUGGGAAGAGGUCUAAUUAGGCAGCAUAAGUGAAAACACCUGUGUGAGAUGACAAGUUGAGAAAGGAUGAAAUUCAGCAUGUUCCCCUCUUUGAAAAUGUUUAGGGUGUUUUGCAAACGCAUACAUUUCCAGCAGAGUAGCCUCUGGUAAUCAAACCUCUUACCUUGAUGCUGUUGUUCACAAAGAUUGUCUGAUUCACUAUCAGUCUAAUGAUGAACUGUGUUUGUUUGAUUGUUGAUUUGAAGACAGCCUGUGCAUCAUAACACACACCCUUUCGUGAAUAGAUAUGAAGAGUUUCAUUCAAACAAUCCUUUUCACACUUCUUAAAAUGAUUUCUGGCACAAUGAUGAAGAACAUUUUAUUGUUUUAGUAACCAUAAGACAUUUGCUCAUAAAAAUGCUGAUUCAUGUGCAAUUUUGAUACAUUGGCAGUGGAAAUUCAGGAAGGAAAAAAUACAAAAAUUAAAUAUAAAGGAAUUUCAGAAUAAAACCCUUCAUGUGUCCAAAAGUUUAGAUGAUACUCUGUCGAUGACAUUGGUGGGGUGACUCCUUCAAUGAUGCCCAUCGUUGUGUAUGUAUGUGAACAAGGUGUGUAUAAACAGUUGUACAGGUUUGGCAGUCAGUGAUAAACCACAGAGAUGAAUCGCGCUGCUGUUCUUACUACAAACGCUAACGUGCUAUUCUGCUUGUGAAUUAAGCUCGCAGCACAUCGUCCUCCCAUCUAGCUACAUACUGUACUUGUAGUGAUAUGCAGAGCAUGUAGACAAAGCGACACACAAACACACACAUCAGUGCAUGUCUGCAGGGAAACUGAGAUUGAUUUCUUUCUAGUGGAGACAUUUUAAAAAAAAAAAAAAAAAAAGAAUGUUUAGUCCAAAUUUUCUGUGAUCAAUGCACUUGUUUUUUUUUGUUUGUUUUUUUUUCUCUUUGUUUUUAAAUAUGAAUCGAUAUGAACUAGAACCAGAAUUACAAAGCUGGCGUUAUAAACAUACAAAUUAAAUUCUAUGUAUUUGUUAAAGUAGUAGGAGGUGCUCACCUCUGUAUACAGUUAUACAUAGAAAGCUUUAUGUGUAUAUGGCUGCAUCUUCUCUUGUCUGUCCUGGAUGAUUCUUGUGCUAUUGUGUUACAAAACUGAUGUGACACCAGGGGGGAAACUGCAGUACGUUGACCUUUUGCCCUUUGAACCCUUUCCUUGUCUCUGACCCCCACCCCCCUUCCGACCCACCUCAUCCCCUUUACUCCCAUGCCACAUCCCACCUUCCCAACUUUUUGCCCCCAUAGCGUGAAGCAUUGUAAGCGUUUUGAGCUUUGUAAAGGUCUUUUUUUAAAUACUUAUUUUGUGUAUAAUGUAAAACCUGAAAGUGUGUACUUUGGCAAAAAAAAAAAAUGUUUUGUGUCUGAAAUCAUAGCUUCAUUUAAACAAAUAAACAAACAAAAAAAACUAUAAAAAGUACAACAAACAUUUACUAUAAAUAAUAUGAAAUGUUCUGCAGUAAGGAAGGACUUCUGGUGCCUUACAAAUAAAGUCAAUCAAAUCAUA